AUGCAGCAGCAAGAUGCUGCAUUGAAAAGAGUAAUCAAAGAAGUGAAGUUCAAAACAAAAAUCAGUGGAGGUGUUGAGGUUCAAGACUCGAAGGUUGUUGCCAUGUUGCCAUCAUCCGAACUUCUCGGUACGAUAUUCGUCGGCGAUCAAAUCGUCGCAGUCAAUGGAAUGCCAACUCCCACUACACAAGAAUUCAAUACGGCUGUCAACUCGAAACUCCCUGGAAGUGUCAUGUUCGAAUUCAUGCGUGAUGAGAUGUGCUCCUACGAAAUGAAGCAGUUGACUCCAUGGAGGCCCGGACAUGAUUUGUUUCAAGUGUCUUUGACAUGGAGAAGUGGAGGCACUCCUAUAGGACUUCUUAUUCACAGGGACUUUUCUGGACGAAUUGUAAUAGCUAUGGUUGAAAGUGGGUGUACUGCAUCAAAAGUGAUAAAACCUGGAGAUCAACUUCUCAAGGUGAAUCACGCUGAGGUAAAAGACAGAGAUGUGGCACGUCAGAUGAUCAACGAAAGUAUAAACGCAUCAAAGAAAGUCACACUCACAGUUGAACGAUAUGUUGCUGACCGAUUGCCAUCACCAACUUUGAGAACUGCAAUCCCCCCAGUCACUGCCUCCAAGUCACAGCGUGCUGCUGCUAGAACGCCAGUUGGAUCCCAGCGCAGCAUAAAGGCCCCGAAACCAGUUGCACCAGUACUUAAUACAAAGUUGGACGUGGCUCUACCGGCCGAUGUGCUUGCUAUACUCGAAGCGAACAAAGAGUUCUUCCUCGUUGAAUGUACUCAACCACCUUGUUUGAAGAAGCCUGCCAAAUCAUCAGAGAAUGUCGUCCUUCCAGGGAACGAGCAAUCACACAUGGCUCUGCCUCAAAGCCUAAGUACGGAGACGGUGAUUCCAUAUGACCCAUCACCGAAAGCACUGAAAAUAACUCCGAAGAGAGUGGGCUCCUAA